GUGCAGACAGGAAAUCGGAGACCACCCUCCGCUUUCUCAGCGCAGAUUAUCGACCACGACAUGGGGCUCCAGACGCGUUCUGCCAUGGCACCGGGCCUUGAAUCUAGGCCAACCGUGGAGGACUUCCAAGAGGAUAGUCAUUGGGUCAAGCUAGCCCAGAGUCACUGGCUCCAGACGUCGAAGAAGAAGGCCCGCAAGGUCAAGCCGGAGGUCGUGAAGAAGGAGGUCUGGGAUCGGCUAGAGGAGGAGGGAUUCAGUCUCCGUUCUCUACUGACAUUGGAGAAUCUAAGCAUCUUGGAAAAGUUCCUGUGGCCGGGCUACACGGAGGAUGCUUCGAACCAUCAUAUUUUGUUGAUCGCACUGGUUGUGAGUAUAAAACAGCGCGAGCAUCUGCCGAUAUGGGACAUAUUCGCCGAUCGGCCGGACGAUUUUUCGAAUCUAUUCCAUCGCGUCCUGUCCAUGAGCAUUGAUAAUUCCUUGCCUACGUCUUCGCGCCUAUCGAUCAUUUCGUUCCUGGUUAGCGCUUUCCAAUCUCUGGAAAAUACAUUGAUUAGAAAGGAAUGCGCGCCAUUGGUGUCGAUCUCGAUAUGGCACAACUUGCUGAGCGAAGAGGCCAGGGAGAAUUUACUGGGGAAGGCCCCUUCUCUUCGCAAAGCCUGGAGGGCUUCUUCGAAACGAUACGAUGCAGCUGACGAGCCAGCAAAGUCCAAGAUGAGAUUUGAUCGCUCUUGGUUGUACACCAUGCUGCUCGACUUUCUCCGGAGACUGAAUGGGACGGAAAAGGAACAAGCGGACGAUUUGCGGUACUGUGAGCGUUUCUUGGAGCUGCUUGUCGAUUUGAUCAGCCAGUUACCGACGAGACGAUAUGUCAACACGCUUUUGAAGGAUCUGAAUCUCAUCCCGGUCAUUCGUCUUUCGAGUCUCUAUCGGGGCCCAGAAAAUGCCCUGUUUCGCGACUUUUACAACCUCCUGAAGCAUUUCGUCACCUUUGCAAUUGAUGAUUAUUCAGGUGAAACUCUCAGCUCGCAAGCGGUAUACGACAGUCACUGCCGAGAGCUUGCGCAAUUGCAGAGAACCUCGAUGAAGCAUUUCAAGGAUAAACUCAUGAUUCUUGCUCUAUCAAACUACGGCACAAUUGAACAGCGUGCUGAGCUUGAAGGGCAACUGGCUUUGUUAGAUGAAUCGGAGCUGCAAAGCUUGUGUUCACAUCUUGGUUUGAGAACUGACUACCCCAAGCAUUCACAUGUUUUCCCCGACAGACAGCUGUAUCUUGAAAUCCUCCUGUCUGUUUAUGAACGAAAGGUACCAUUCCAGGAAGCCGUCGACCAGCUUAGUGUCCUUCCCACGGAAGAAAGUCUCUAUGACCCUGCCUCGCUGCGAAAUGAAACAUACGAUGGGUCAAGGCCCCUUGCCAUCCCGAAGCUGAACCUCCAGUACCUCAGCCUUGGGGACUUCUUAUGGCGCUCAUUCCUGUUAUACAGAUCUGAGUCAUUUUUCCAAGUACGAAAAGACAUGGAAGCAAUUGUAAAAAAGAUGCAGCCCCGGGUCAGCCGUGAAGGCAAAGGGGUCUCGUUUGAAGGCUUCUCGCGGAUGGCUAUCCCGAUAUCAAGCCCCGCGAUUAUUGAAGUCGCGCAGCCGAAGGUUGGCUCCUCAAAGCCAGCAUUCGUCAGAGCUGAGAUAGCGAUUGAGGUUGGCAGGCUGGCCGAUCAUGUGCGAAGAGAAUGGGAUUCUCUCCGACCGGAUGAUGUGAUCUUUCUUUUGGCUGUGCAAACCGGCUCAUCUGCAAAAUUCAUACCUCGAAACCAGGGUUCGGUUGACGCGCCUCGCUUGACCUAUUUGAGGACUGCAGAGAUUGUACAAAUCCUCGAUGAAAGUGGCCGUCCUCUUCGUGAACCUGCUGCAGGGCAGACGAAUGGGUAUGGCCAUCGACCUCGCCUUAGAAAAUUGCUAGUCAAUCUUGAUACCACAGCCUUCAAGGCAGACAAGGAUCGCGGCUCCCAAGGAAAACAGGAUAUUUAUCCCCUCAUCAAUGUCAUUGCACGAAGGAAGGGCAGAGAGAACAAUUUCAAGCCCAUUCUGGAGACAAUGCAGAAAUUGAUCGUCUCGGAUAUUUCUCUUCCUUCCUGGGUUCAAGACAUUUUCCUUGGCUACGGUGAUCCGGCUGGUGCUCGGUGGACAGAGCUGCCCAAUCGCCUCAAGUCUGUUGAUUUCCGUGAUACCUUCUUGAAUUGGCAGCAUUUGAUCGAGAGCUUCCCUGGCUCGACCAUUGAUCCCACAGGACACGAGGAUUCGAGCUUUGGACCACCUUAUGUCCUUGAGUAUGUAGAAGGUGCGGCGAAGGAGACUAAUGCGCCUCCAUCAAAGAAAAGGCGGAAGAACCAAGCUGAAAAGGCUCCAACAAAGUCUCAAUCUCUUCGCGUCUCUACGUACAAGCCGCCCAAUCCAGGUCCCUAUCCUGUCGAUGCUCCAAAGCUCAACACCGUCUCCUUCACUCCCUCCCAGGUGGAAGCCAUUGCAUCCGGGACACAACCAGGUCUCACCGUUAUCGUUGGUCCCCCAGGCACUGGCAAAACCGACGUGGCAACCCAGAUCAUUAGCAACAUAUAUCAUAACUUCCCGAAAGAGCGGACUUUAUUGAUUGCACAUAGUAACCAGGCUUUGAACCAACUUUUCCAAAAGAUCGUCGCCCUGGAUAUUGAUGAACGGCAUCUUCUCAGGCUUGGUCACGGGGAAGAAGAGUUGGAGACUGAGACUAGCUACAGCAAGUUCGGCAGGGUCGAAUCUUUCCUUGAGAACCGCACUUACUAUCUUGCUGAGGUUUCGCGAUUGGCCGCAUCCAUCGGAGCCGAGGGCGCACAUGGUAAUUCCUGUGAGACAGCUGGGUAUUUUAACACUGUUUAUGUCCAGCCGGCAUGGGCAAAGUUCUGGGACCUAGCUCGCUCCAACAAUUCCACGGAGGAGGAAGUAAAGGCAGGGUUCCCUUUCCAAACCUACUUUGCCAAUGCACCCCAACCAUUGUUCAACUCCGAAGCCUCCAGAGAUGAGAUUCUUGAUGUUAUAAGUGGAUGUCAGUCUCAUAUCGAAAAAAUAUUCUCGGAGCUUGAAGACAUCCGUCCAUUCGAGAUCUUGCGGCAACCCCGAGACAAGGCAAACUAUUUACUUCUCAAGGAAGCCAGGAUCAUCGCUAUGACCUCAACACAUGCUGCCAUGCGUCGCCAAGAGAUUGCAGACCUUGGUUUCCAUUAUGAUAAUGUUGUGAUGGAAGAAGCCGCACAGAUUACAGAGGUUGAGAGCUUUAUCCCCUGUGCUCUCCAGAAUAUGAGGAACGGGCAAUUGUCGCUGAAACGUGUCGUACUGUGUGGUGAUCAUCUCCAAAAUUCGCCGAUUAUCCAGAAUUUGGCGUUCCGUCAGUAUGCCCACUUUGAGCAAAGCCUUUUCCUGCGUCUGGUGAGGUUGGGUGUGCCUACCAUCACCCUCGACCGUCAGGGAAGAUCCAGGCCUAGCAUUGCAGAGCUCUUCCAGUGGCGAUACAAACAGCUAGGAAAUUUACCUGUGGUAGAGACUGCACCGGAGUUCAAACAGGCAAACGCAGGUUUGCUGUUCGACUAUCAAUUCAUCAAUAUCCCCGAUUACCAGGGUAAUGGUGAACGGGAGCCCACACCUCAUUUCAUCCAGAACCUUGGCGAAGCUGAGUAUGCUGUUGCUCUCUACCAAUACAUGCGAUUGCUGGGUUACCCGGCAUCUAAGAUAUCAAUUCUCGCGACCUACGCUGGGCAAACAGCUUUGAUCAAAGAUGUUUUGAAUCAUCGCUGCGCGAAGAAUGCCCUAUUUGGCAUGCCAAAGAUUGUUACCACUGUGGAUAGGUACCAGGGCGAGCAAAAUGACUACGUCAUUUUAUCUCUCACUCGAACACGCUCGGUAGGCUACUUGCGCGAUGUUCGCCGUCUAACCGUUGCCCUUUCUCGCGCUCGCCUUGGGCUUUACAUCCUAGGCCGCCGCGAGGUGUUCGAGACAUGUUUUGAGCUGAAGCCAGCAUUUGAUAUUCUUUUCAAACGCCCGGAUAAGCUGAUGCUGGCUCCGGGAGAGAUGUUCCCCACUACACGCAUCCUGGAUGAUGAUAUACAGGGGACACCCAUGGAGAGUGUUGAACAUCUUGGACAAUAUGUGUAUGAGAUGACCCAAGCGAAGCUCAAAUCUAUGAGUGAGCAAGGCGUUGUUGGUGAGGAAGCCAUGCCGGACGAGAACGUUGUGAACCAAGCGGACGAAGAUGAGGAGAUGCUGGGAGUUGGUGAAGAGGUGGACGGCCUUGGAGAGAAUUAACAGAAAAGUACUUGAGAAAAUCACCAUUUUCGUGGAGGUGGCGGCACGCACAUUUAUACAAUUCCUUCCCCUGAGCUUACGUGCGUGCUAUUGAACAAAUUUCGAAUUCGCCGACUUCAAGGCAUUCAUCAACUGACUAUAAAACCAUUUAAUUAAUGCCUCAUAUUGUGUAUAAUGUUUAACCACCAUUGCAAUUCUUAUGAAAUGAAGAGUUGGUGAGGUUUGACAUGACGCUGCUCGAGAUUACGAAAUAAGUAGAACUAUCAUUUAUGUUUCGGAACAGUCGAUCUAUCUAUCCCUCUCUAUGUUGAGUGUAACUAUUGAGGUAUAAUUACAGUUUAUACAGUAUCCCAGACUGUGGACUUGGCUAGUUCAUGACGAGCUUUCCUUCUGGAGCUGUUCCACAAUGUUUUUGGGGUCUUUCCAGGCAAGGGCGAUGAAU